UGAUCAGAAAAUGGUGAUGUUUUAAUUCUGUCGGAUCUUAUUGUGCAUAGUGUCUGUUACUUGAGAACAUUUGCCCUUCAAGAGAAUAUUUGAAAAGAAGUCCACUCUUUUUCAAUUCAUCAAAUGUGGUCUAUACUCGCUUCAAUUAAAUAAUAAAUGGGUUUCACGGUUACAAGUUUGAUUGACAAAACCAUGUGAUGGAUGACAACAAGGUUCCGGUCUGCAACAACAAAGUUUCCAAAUCUGCUCAGGCCUUAUCUCCAGUGAAGCUGCAUAAAGUCAAAGGCUCGUAUGGGCAGGUAGAGUCAGGAGGGGAGGGAGAAGGGGAACCCCCAGUAGGAGGGGAGGGGGUGUGGAGUAUCACACGUCAAGAAGACAACCCACCACCUUCGUCAACAUCGACGUUCAAGGAACUACGAAUCUCUCAAUCUCACUCCAAGAAGGUGAUCAAACAUGCUCUCAGGCAACAGGCCAAGAGGCGACGCAAGAACACCACAAUUGCGGCCGGCAACUCUACACCUCUGCCCAGGAUCAUCAUGCCACCACAGAGCGAGUUGGAGGAAACUACGAGCCGCACAAACUACAGACCACCCACCAUGAUGGAAGUGCUGUCCUCUAUACCAGGGUUCAGCAUCAAACAGCGGAAACGCAGCAACAAGAAGUUAUCUGCUGCAGCGCAGCUGGAGCAGACUAAGGAAGGCUGCAUAGAUCUGGAGACGCCUGACUCCAUACUGGUAAACACCAACCUUCGGUCGCUCCUCAACAAACACACGUUCAACCAGCUGCCAGCUCUGUACCAGUACAAGCUAGUGCAGCUCUUGCCUCAUGUAGAUAGGACCACUCCUGCUGGUGAUUCUUUCAGGUUAAGUGCAUCAGGGUUAAACAAUGAAUUUUUUGCUCGAGCUUGCUUGGAAUGGAGAGAGCGGCUGGCUGAAGGGGAAUUCACACCAGAACACCAACAGAAGCUCAAAACCGAAGCUGAAAGAGAGAAGAGUAAACUGGACCCUUGGAAGCUAAAACACUUUGAGCCAAUAUGGGGCGAAUCUUCAAUGGAGAAUCCUCGAAUUGAAUGGACUCCGCCUCCUAAGGUAGUGCCCAAACCUAAACCAACUCCCAAAACUAAGACACCUCCCACUCCACCUCCUCCACGACUGCGGACAGUUGGUCCUCUGACACGGGCUGUGGCCAACUACAGGGAGAAGCGAGAGGCAGAGGAGAAUUCACUGUUGGAACCUAGCAAAAGAAUCAAGUCCUCCAGUAAGUCCGAAAUUGCUGAACCUGCAGCAAUAAUAUCAACAGAAACAAUUUCAUCUGAACCUUCAAUAUCACCCAGAUGUAAGACCAGGGAUAGUAGUAGACGUAAUGAAGAAGUGAAAUCGAGCAGUGAAGAAGUAAGAGAAGAAUUGGAUACAGGAAAAGAAGAGUGGAAGGAAGAAAGUGUCUGUCAAGAGGAAGUUAAAGAUGAAGUAGAUAACAGCAAAAAAUGUACAGAGCUAGAAAUUACUGAUUGGGAAAAUGUAGAAGUAAUAAGUGUAGAUCCGGUUCAAGAAUAUGUUGAUGUGAACACUCAAGUGGAAAAAGAGUGUAAUCAAAUCAAUGAAAGUGAUAAGUUUGUUUGUGAUAUUAGUGCUAGUGAAGAAGUUCAAGAAGAUUCGGUUGUGAAAGAAGAAGUGAAAGAAGUGACCCAAGGUGAAAAUAAAAUGGAAGAAGAAAGAGGUGUUGAGGAAGAAUCUCAAAAUGUGGAAGACAAAGAAGAAAGUAAUGAGUUUGUUACAGUUGAAAGUGACAAUGGUGACAAUGCUGUGCAAAGUGAUUCACCUGUUGAUCCUCAAUACGAAAUAUCCGAAAAGUAUGAUGUCGUCAAUACUAUUGCUGUGGAGGACAUCAUGGAUGAUAACUUGUUUGUACAGCAAUACCGGCACACAAUCGAAGAUGAAAAUGCUUCUAAAAGCAUAGAAAACGAACCCGGUGAUAGUGAAAUCAGUCAAGACACAACUCAAAACGAUACCUGUGAUAAACCAAAUGAUAAAGAUGAGUGCUUAAACAACUUAAAAGAAGAAGAAUUGAAGGAGGAAGCAUUAAGUGUUUACAGUUCCGAAUGUAUAAAAGAAGAUAGUAAUAUUUUUUUGCAAAAAGAAAGUGAAAAUUACAGUCAAGAGAGUGCUCUUGAACAUCAAAGUAUCAGGAAUGAAAACGAAGAAAUGAGUUUAAGUAGCAAUAAUGCUGAAAAUGUAACUGGGGAAGAAAUCACCAACAAUAAACUUGUGGAUACCGUUGAGGAAAAUGUGAACACAAGAAGAUUUGACAUAGAUAUGGCGGAUAUUCAGGACCACUUGGAGUUUGUCAGUCAAGAAACUUCUCUCCACACUCCCAGUGUGAUGGAGAGUAAUCAAGAGUCGAGUCAUCAAGACUCGAUGGAUUCACAGAUGGAUGUCAAAGACUCAGGGAGUUACUCAGUUAAGAUGGAGGACGUUGAUCAGCAAGACUCUACCAGCAACCUGCCUAGUCUGGACAGUCAAGAGACCAGGCAAGAAGAAGAGACGAGCCAAGCAGGUCAUCUGACCCUGCCUGAACCUGAGGUUCCAACGACAGUGGCAGCAGAAGAGACGACAGACAUGGAAGCCUCUGGUGGAGUGAUGCAGAAUGAUCAGUUCAGUAUGUACAACACCAAUACACUGUUGUACCACGACCCUCUCAAGGAAGAAGAGGUGGAGGCUGCUGCCUUGUUUGCCGCCGCUUGGGGAGCUGUGGACUCCAGCACAGAGAAACUACUGGCACAAGUCACCUUACCUGAGGAGAGUGAGGUGAACGUGAUCCCCAUGCAGGAGGAGCUAGAGGUUAGACUGGAAGAGAUCAAGUCAGUACCAGGCUGGUCUAGUUAUCCUCAUGACACUAGGGCAAUGACACCACUUACACAGACCAACCCUGGACAUGUCAAACUGGAACUUGAAGUGACGCUGACUCCCGAGGUAGACAGUCAGGUGUCUAGUACAGUGGAGGGGGGAGGUGUAGCCAGUGGUUCACGAGUCUCAGCCCCCACAGAUGACACAUUGCCCAAGACCACUGCGGCGCCUGUCAAUGUUAUACCCCCCACUACAUUUGUGUGUCUACCUUCCAUCAACCCAGUGACAUCUGCUCCGCCACAUCAACCCCCGCCACAAGGAGUGGUUAGUUCAUCCGCUGUACCCUACCUAGCCUUGACUACCACAACAGCUGUACGAGCACUGCCCACAAAGCCUAAGCCCAGUUCUGGUGGAUCGGGUGGCAGAUCGUCUCGUAAUGUGUCCAGUAAACCUCCGCCAGGAGCCGUCAACCUGGAGCGGAGCUAUCAGAUAUGUCAGGCUGUUAUACAGAACAGUCCUAACAGAGACCAGCUGCGGUGUCAGCUUAAACCUCCACCAUCACUGCUCAUCGGCAAAACUGACAAGACGCAGUACAGCGUGGUAACGUCGUCGCGAGGAGCCAAGGCGCUGGCAGGCAAGCAGAGGACAUAUCAACAGAGGCCAACAGCCCCAGUGUUAGUCAAACAUGUGUUCACUUCAUCACAGGGCAUUCCUGUAACCAUGGCUGUACUGCCUCACACGCAGCCCGCCAACAACCCUGAGGUUGCAGAAAGUCAGAUGGGUCACUACGUUCUGGUGCAAAGGACUGGUGCACAGGUUCGAAGAUCCAACAGCGCUCCCCCUUCCAACAACGAGAACAUGGUGGGGGUUGGAGGGAGGGGUCGGCCGGCCAGUGUAGGGGAGGGUGGCGGAGGUGACUCACCGACGCCGGGAUGUUACCCCAACAAACACUCGGUACGCUCAGCCGACUGUCAUUGCAGCCUCAAGGCGAUGAUUGCGUGCAAGAAGUGUGGUGCAUUUUGUCACGACGACUGCAUCGACCCAUCGCGCGUUUGUGUUACUUGUCUCAUCCGAUGAGUCUGUAAUCUAAAGUACUUUUCAAAAGCUUUUCUGUAAAUAUGUUGUUUAAGUUUUGUAGUUUUGUUACUCGUAGACCCUCUCUUAACCGACCCUGGAUCUACCAACA